CUGACGGAAAUUGAUACUUCACCUGAGGCUUCACAGGCUUCCUCUGUGGUUAGGCAUACGCAAGAUACCAAUAGGAAGGAAGUGGAACAUGGGAGGCCUGUUGAUAAUGCUGUUGACACCAGCGAAGCUUUGGCUACAGCUGGGAAGAAACUCAGUUGUCCUGGCUACAACGUUGGAGAAGGGGCGCUUGGAGCUACUACAGGCCCAGGAAGUUCUGAGGAUGGGGAGGGUGACAUUGAAGCGUACGCUACACCCAAAGAAUAUUUCGAUAAAGAUAACGGAGAAGAAGAUAUAGAAGGAGACCGAGGUGGAUCAGAUUUAAAGCCCGAAGGAACCAUCACACAGUCUCCACCAUUUUAUAUAACCGAGCACAUACAACCCAUAAUCGAGACUUCAUCCUCACCAGUACACGAGAACCAUACUUUACUUAAUCCACAGUCGACUCAACCCAUGGACCCAAUUCCCAAACCUUCUGUUCCGCCUCCAGGUCGACUAUCAUGUAAAGAACGGAAGCGGCUCGUCGUCUCCCUUGCAACUCGACCAGCAAAGCUAACUCAAGAUCUUAAAGCAUGGCUCAGAACUACUAAUGACCUCCUCGACCCAUUUCGUGAAGACGAUGAUUGCUGGCUCCAUCCAUCGCCUCCUCCACCUCGUCUCAUGAAUGGACGUCUCGUUGCGCGGCACAUUAUUUCGAAGCGCUUUAUAUUUACCUGUCCUUCUCCUUAUGCCCCAUACGAGCUACAGACCCAUUCGCUUACGAUACCUUAUGGAAUUGCUCAUCACCUCGUCUAUCAUUCCUUGACGCUUCAACAACAAGACGGGUGGAUCAAUCAGAAUUGGCAGAACAGUCAUUUGUGCGGAAAUUGGACGUGUCUGAACCCUGAACACUUGACUGUUGAGAGCCGUGGGAUUAACGUUAGUAGGAACAAUUGCUUUAGUCAUCGAGUGGGAUGUUUUCAUGAUCCGAGUUGUUUGAAAGACCGCAAGGUUCCCCUCGGGAGUGAUGGCUUGGUUGUUCAGAUGGAGGAUGGCGGGUGGCAAGUUGGCAGUUCUGGGGAAAGGUACGGAUGGGCGGAGAUGGAUUACGGAGAGGAUGGAGGGAUAGUCGAGGAUGAAGAUUUAGGCUUGGACAACAUUGACAUGAACUUUGAUGGAGAGCCAGAGGGUGCGGGAGAGGAAGAUGGAUCUUAUUGA